CUGGAUCAACGGAAUUCGAAAAGGUAAGUUUUGGAACAGUUUCACACGAACUUCCGGUCUCGACCGCUCUUCUUUUGAGUCACGACUCAACGAUUGAGAACUAAAUAAUUACAUUCUGCUUUCAGAAUGUCACGAGAAGAAGAGGAUUUGCGCCAGAGAGCGAUUAACUCUCACUCGAGGCAAUCAACAGGCGAGGCUCCAGUGAACAACAACAACAACAACCAUCCGCAAGCGGAACAGCGGUUCCAGUGAAUCCGGCCCCGCAACCGAAGAGAAACUCAACCCAACAAGGUCUAGCGAAAAGUCUAGCAAAUUUUUUCGCAUCUUCGCAGGGAAGAGAAGUUUUGAGAGCGGCGCAAGCCGAAAGUCCAGUGGGAGGAGCCGAUUUCGACGAAGACUUCGAGGACGAAGAGGAAUACGAGGACUUGGACGAGGAAGAGGAUCACGAAGAACCAGGAGGUCCAAGGGAAUCUAAAGACGAUGAGGCAGCUGCAAAACCAUUUCUAGUCGACUCGUUCGAUAUUAGAAGAAAAGGUUUUGGGAAACAAAUCAAAUUCAACAACGCAAUAACGAAGAAAAUGGUCAAAUUGAUGUUAGAAUUCCCCGAAACCCAAGGAAAAAUGGAAGAAAUCCUGAAAGAAUUGCAAUCGCGGUCAAUGCUUCUUCGAUUUUCCGAAGAUUGUCCAACACUGAUGGAAUUGGUGGACGCGAAACAAGAGGUCGAUCAAGUGAGAGGCAUCGAUCCGCUACUCGCGGAUUGCCUUAUCAUGGCGCGAAAGGAAGAGGCGAAGACAAAAAGACAACAAGCUGCGAUGCAACGGCCCUUUCCAAAAAGGGAUGGAAAUCGCGGCGCAAGAUAUCCAUCCCGAAACUCCGACAGGCCAUCCAGUUCGAACCGACCGUCAUCAAGCCAAACACCAUACUCAAGACCCGCACCACCAGCAACAUACUCAAGAAACUGGACGAGUUCAUCAAAGCCAAGCUUCAGAAAAUACUGAAUUUUCCGCAGGUAAGCCACAUUCAAAAUGGGAAUUUUGGAACACCAUUCCAACUUCUCCUCUGGUUUCUCAAACCAUACAGUUCGGCUACGAGAUCGAAACAACAGAAAUUCCAGACCAUUCAUUCGUCGAAAGAAAUCGCUCUUCCACUCUAACUCAUCAUGCUUUUGUCAAUCAAGAAAUCGAAAGUCUUCUCAAAUCCGGAGCCGUCGUCGAAUCCACCGAAGCCCUGCGUCUCAAUCCUCUACAUGUGGUGGACAACGGUAAGAAAAAACGACUCAUACUAGAUCUGUCUGAUCUGAACGAGAUCGUAGUUCGGGAGCAUUUCAGAUUCGAGGAUUGGAGUCUAGCCAAACUAGUAAUACCUAAAGGGGCCUUUUUCACAACUUUUGACUUCAAAAGUGGCUAUCACCACAUCCUCGUGAACGAAAAGUCCUCGCUUUUGUUAGGUUUCCAAUGGAACGGGAGGAAAUUCAAAUUUCGCGCUCUCCCAUUCGGUUUAUCCUCCGCUCCUUUUAUAUUCACGAAACUUUUACGACCCUGGGUCAAAAAAUGGAGGGAAUUAGGUUUAGGAAUAAUUCUUUAUCUAGACGACGGAUUGAUUUGGGACACUUCAGCAGAAAAAUGUAAGAAGACCAGCGACCUUAUCAAAGCCGAUUUGAUAAACGCGGGUUUCACGUUCGCAGAAGAAAAAUGUACUUGGGUCCCAAAACAAUCCGUGACAUGGCUAGGUCUCAGAGUAAAUUCAGUAAAUUUAUCACUAGAAUUCGCGGAAGACAGGAGGCUCAGAGCGAUACAAAAAAUUGAGGAACUUCUGACCAUACCCAGACCAUCCAUCAAAGAAAGAAUGAUUUUUACAGGUCUCAGAGCGUCAAGCUCACACGUCGUGCACAACAACAUCAUGAAGAAGACGAAAAGGAUCGAAUCAUCGGUAGCACUGGCGGAUCACCUUUACACACGAUUCGCAUGGUCUUCGGAGGAAAGACAAGAAGCCGAAGGUUGGUUAGAUAUGCUCAAAUUUCGCCCGCCAAUAAACUUCUUCGAAGAUUCAGAAGACGUGGGACCCUGUGAUUAUGUCUUGGAAACAGACGCGUCAGAAUAUCUAACAGGGGCAAUUCUAAAAUCUCACGAUUCUGAAGCAGUAUCGAGUAGGCCGCUUCCUCAAAAUCUCAAAGGAGAAUCAAGUUGUAGAAGAGAGCUAGAAGCAAUUAUAGCAGGCUUGCGCGAUUUAGUACAGCCUAACGUGAAUUCAUUGUUGAUUAGAAACGACAAUCAGGCAGCGAUUAGGAUUUUGCAAGCCGGUUCUCUGAAAAAAGAACUCCAGAACGCAGCGCUAGAAAUUUGGGAAUUCUUAGAAUCCAGGGGAAUACGACACGAGUUUGAAUGGAUUCCAAGGGAAUGGAACAAGGAAGCGGAUCUGGCUAGUAGAUCCCCGGAUCCGGACGCAUGGGCAAUUAAGGCGAGCACCGCUAGAAUAGUUCAAAAAUCCUUAGGAUUCUGCGACAUAGACCUCUUCGCCACACGCGAAAAUCGAAAAUGCGAACGAUUUUUUUCCAGAUUCGGAGAAGACGGAGCAAACGGAGAAAACGGGCUGGCGGCUCCAAGAGGAAUUUGGAAAUCAAGCAAAAUUUGGUUAGUUCCCCCUAUCCGCCUGAUUCUGCCCACUAUUAGAAAGAUGGAAAAGUUCAAAGCAACCGGGAUCUUAGGAGUUCCCAUGUGGCCAAGCCAACUUUAUCUAGGAAAACUCAAAGAUAAGAACGGGUGGAGAAACGAAGUCAGAAAAGGAAUUCGUUUUCCCAAGGGAGCGAGCAUCAUAGUUCCAGGCGGAAUCGGUACAGCUUUCGAUAGCGAAUUCCUGAAAUCUGAUUUUGUUUUUCUUCUUCUAGAUUUUAGAGAGACAAAAGAACCAAAAGGUUUCUUGCCUUCAGCAAGAAACCCUUGACAAUUUCGAAGUUUUUUAUUAUACUAAUGUAAUUAUGUUGUAUUAAUUUGUCUCCAGAACAAAUGAAGCCUGUUAUCCCUAGUAGAAGUCUUCGAAGACUAAAUGUGUUUUUGUCGUAGGAACGGAGACAAAAAUAACACAUUUGGUCGAAGAAGGCGUUAGACGCAGGGAUAACAGGCGUCUUUUGUGUGUUACAACGAAACACACAUCUCAAACAACUGCUACAGUAGUUUUCGCGCGCUCUUUGGGAAAAGUUUAGGAGAAUUCCUCCCCUUUUCUUCAUUUUCGGCUGUUUUGUUAUAGGAGACAAAUCAGCGCGUUUCGUAUAUUCGAAACUUAUCGAUCAGCCCUCCCGCCUCCUCCUUUUUUGGGUUUUCCAAAAAAAGCAAGAAUUCUUAAUUUCCAGAUCCCAGAUUCGAGAAAAUCAAGGAGAUUUUCAACGGAGAUGAAGUCCAAAGACUCGACUUGUGGCAAAACGUGGUCAAUUGCCUCGAAAAAGACAGGGCGCCAACCACCAUCAAAAUCUACGAACACACUAUGCGAUCCUACAUUCGAUGGAAACAACGAUCAGCGAUUCGAGGAAGAUUGGGAGAAGACGAGUGUCGGCUACUCUUCCUGGCCGAGCUCAUCAAGAACGAGAAGGCAAAAUCUGCAAUUUCCGCAAACUGCGCUCUCAACUAUUACAUGGGCCCGGUGUCAAAACCGAAUCGAUCGUUGCUGAAUUCGAUUAUUGAGGCGGCCAAACGAUCAAAAAGCCCCACAAAACAUCGCGAGAAAGUGGAGCCCGAAGACUACUCCAGCUUCACAAACAUCCAGGAAUUCGAUCGAGAUUCAUUGCGAGUGGCAGCGUUGGGCAUCGUAUUAUUCAGGGGUUUGUUACGGAUCAGCGAGGCUCUGAAUUUGCGGAAAGAGGAUGCGGAAUGGGAGCGUGGAGAACUGAAGAUCUCGAUCCGGACCUCGAAAACGGACAAAUAUCACGAAGGAACCAAAAGACUGUUGGUUCUUUCACCAGAAGAACAAGCAAUUUGGCGCGCCCACUCGAAAAACAGCGACAACACCUCAAAUCCAUACAUUUUCCAAAAUUGGAAUUCGAAGACAACUUCGAUGUCUUAUAACAACGCCAGGAAAGUGAUAAACGAUCGUUGGAAAAAGUGCGGAAAUGCCAAAAAUUAUGGAACUCACGCUUUUCGCGGAGGAGCAGCUUCGGCCGCCAUAAACGAAGGAGUUUCAGCCGAGAAGGUCCUCAGCUUUGGAAGAUGGAAAACCGAGAAGGCCUUCAGAGCAUAUGUGAAACCAACCACUAGAAUAUCAAUUCCAAGAUCGGCGCCAGCUCAACUUGACAAGCGACCGUAAGUCUCAAAGAACCUAUACGAAAACGCGGCUAAUUUAGCCAAAAGAAUUGUGGAAAUUUAAUAAAUUUUUUCAGAUCCAUUCCCUCCAACAACGACGGCUGA